GGGCCAUCGUACAUAUGUUUAUUCACGCCCCACUACCGACUCUUCCAGGCUAGAGUUAUUACAGGAACUCGAGUCCAUGGGAGUGAAGGUUUUUCAAGGAUAUUUGGAUGAGCACGAUAAGCUUGUCUCUGUGAUUCAAGAAGUAGAUAUCGUGAUCUCUGCGCUUGCAAUUCCUCAGCAUGAAGAACAACUUAAAAUCAUAGAUGCCAUCAAGGAGGCUGGUAACAUUAAGAGGUUUGUCCCAUCAGAAUUUGGUUGUGAAACCGAUCGAGCAUCUGCGCUCCCUCCCUUCCAAGCUGUCCUCGAUAAACGGAAGAAGGUACGAGGAGCCACUGAAGCAUCUGGGAUCCCGUACACCUUCAUAUAUGCAAACUGCUUUGGGGCAUACUUUGUUGAUGUUCUAUUACAUCCCCUUGAGAAAAGAGAUGUUCUUGUCUAUGGCACUGGCGAAACAAAAGGUAUUUACAAACAUUCCCAAUGA